AUGGCGCUCUACCUGCUCUCGGAGCAGGCCUCGGGCUUCGCUCUCUUCGAGGUGACCGCCACGGACGAGACCAACCAGACUGCCGAGGCCGUGCAGCAGGCCUACGCGGACGCGUCGCGGUUCGGCAAGGUCCUCAAGCUCGCGGCCUUCAAGCCAUUCGAGUCCGCACAGGAGGCGCUGGAGAACAUCCUCGCCGUGUCAGACAAUGAGACCACGGAGCUGCUACGCUCCUUCUUGGAAACCAACCUCCCGAAGGUCAAGUCGCUCUCAAAGGCCAAGUUCAAGCUCGGCGUCGCGGAGCCGCAGCUCGGGAAGGCCAUCCAGGAGCAGGCCACCAUCCCGUGCCAGUCGGGCGCCUACGUGGGCGAGCUGCUCCGCGGCGUGCGGCUCCACUUCGGCACGCUCGUCAAGGGCCUCACCGAGCAGGACGUCCACCGCUCGCAGCUCGGCCUCGCGCACUCGUACAGCCGCAGCAAGGUGCAGUUCAACGUCAAGAAGGUCGACAACAUGAUCAUCCAGGCGAUCGCGCUGCUCGACACGCUCGACAAGGACAUCAACACCUUCGUCAUGCGCGUCCGCGAGUGGUACUCCUGGCACUUCCCCGAGCUCUGCAAGGUCGUGCCGGACAACUACCAGUACGCGCGCGUGGCGCUGGUGGUGCGCGACAAGGCGUCCGCGUCCGACGAGCUCGUGCCCGCGCUCGCGGAGAUCCUCGGCGAGGAGGACCGCGCGCGCGAGGUCGUCGAGGCCAGCAAGGCCUCGAUGGGGCAGGACAUCUCGCCCAUCGACCUGGUCAACAUCGCGGCGUUCGCGAAGCGCGUGAUCUCGCUCGCGGAGUACCGGCAGAAGCUCUGGGCGUACCUGCAGGACAAGAUGAAGGUCGUCGCGCCCAACCUGAGCGCGCUGAUCGGGGAGGUGGUCGGGGCGCGCCUCAUCUCGCACGCGGGGUCGCUGGUGUCGCUCGCCAAGUACCCCGCGUCGACGGUGCAGAUCCUGGGCGCGGAGAAGGCGCUGUUCCGCGCGCUCAAGACCAAGGGCAACACGCCCAAGUACGGCCUGAUCUUCCACUCGAGCUUCAUCGGGCGGGCCAAGGCGCGCAACAAGGGGCGGAUCUCGCGGUACCUCGCGAACAAGUGCUCGAUCGCGUCGCGGAUCGACGCGUUCAUGGACGCGUCGAGCGACGUGUUCGGCAGCAAGAUGAAGGAGCAGGUGGAGGAGCGGCUGCGGUUCUACGACGAGGGCGUUGCGCCGCGGAAGAACCUCAAGGUGAUGGAGGAGGCGAUGAAGGAGCUCGGGGGCGCGGACCUGGCGGACGAGGAGCCCGGGAGCGCGAAGAAGAAGGAGAAGAAGGAGAAGAAGGAGAAGAAGGACAAGAAGGACAAGAAGCGCAAGGCGGAGGAGGUGGAGGCGGCGCCGGAGAGCGGGAAGAAGGCGAAGAAGGAGAAGAAGGAGAAGAAGAGCAAGAAGUAG